UUCAGGUAUCACAAAGACUAUAGACAAGGGGAGGAGAUUUUUGAGAGGGAUUUAUUUUUAGAUGUCUUUAUUUAUUUCGUCCAAAGAUAAAACACCUAUUGAAAUAUUAGUUGACUACAAUGGACCCAAAUUAGAUCAAGCACCAGGGAUCAUCAUUGCUCAUCCUUAUGGUCCAUUAGGUGGAAACAUGAACAAUAAUGUCGUAAUGGCAUUAAAAGAGUACUUUUUAAAUCAAGGCUACAUCACCAUCUGUUUAAACUUUAGAGGCUGUGGUCACUCAAAAGGAAAGACCAGUUGGACAGGAAUGCCUGAAAGAGAUGACUAUAUAUCAGUCAUUGAUGCCAUACUUGAUGAUCAAAUUCAAAAGGAACUUCCAAAAGUAAACCGUUUGAUCCUUUGCGGAUACUCAUUUGGUGCCAUGAUUGCUAAUUCUAUUGAAUGCACUCGUGUUCCUUGUUCUUACUUACUCAUUAGUCUCUGUCUAGGCGUCACUUGGGCCUUAGCCAUCACUAAAUCCUCAUUCUUUAAGCAGCAUGCACCUGACCAAUAUAAGGUCUUGUGCAUAUAUGGCAGCCGUGAUCAGUUCACAGGAUCCCAUCGAUAUGAGUCAUGGUGUGAAAAGUAUUCAAAUACCACUUGUAUCAAGGUACCUGAUGCUGACCAUUUCUGGUUUGGCUAUGAGCAAGUUUUGAUUGAUCAUGUGCACAGUUGGCAUUCUAAAUUAGAUAUUCAAAACUGACAUCAUUUUACACGCAUUACAGAACAACUGCAUUGUUACGCAACUAUUUAUUAAAUUUAUUUUUUUCAAUAAUGUAAUAUAAUGCAACAAAGGGGAGAGAGAGAGAAAGAAAGAUGGUUGACUGUACCUUGGUUACUGGUGGCCAUUAAUUGGGUGCUGAGUUAUUAUUAUUUUUUCGCACGCCUCAAGCAGUCCUUCUUCCCACCCUUCAUUGACACUGACCAAGUAAUAAGAAAGCCCAUUCUUCAAUAUGACAACAUUACAUCGCUUGGUUGCAUAUUAUGAUAUAUAGAGUUAAUCAUUUAUAAAAGAGGCAGAGAGAAAAAAUAAAAUAAAAGGCAGACAAAGAGAGAGACGUGAUUGAUCUCUUUCUUUCUUACAGUUAUAUUUUGAGGUCCAGU